UUGAAGCGAACAUCAAUCAUGUCGGGCCGAGGAAAGCAGGGAGGUCAGGUGCGGGCUAAGGCGAAGUCUCGCUCCUCGCGGGCUGGGCUGCAGUUCCCAGUGGGCCGUGUGCACUGGCUGCUCAGCAAAGGCAAUUACACAGAGCAGGUGGGGGCUGGCACCCCGGUCUAUAUGGCCAUGGUGCUGGAGUAUCUGACCGCUGAAAUUCUGGAGCUGGCCGGCAACGCAGCGCGGGAUAACAAGAAAACCAGGAUCAUCUCCCGACACCUGCAGCUCUCCAUCCGUAACAACAAGGAGCUUAACAAGCUCCUGGGAAAAGUUACCAUCGCUCAAGGGUGUGUCCUGCCCAACAUCCAGGCCGUGUUGCUGCCCAAGAAAACCGAGAGUCACAAGGCCAAGAGCAAGUAAAACCCAAGGAACAA